AUGUCAAAGAGAUUCAGCAAGAAAAAUGCUCAGAAGUUUGCUGUUGUCCACAGACCACACGAUGAUCCACAUUUCUACGAUGAAGAUGCUUCUGCACAUGUUCUAGUUCCUGUGACGGAUCAUAAGGCUGAUCGUGAGGCUAAGAGAACUCAACCACGAGUGGUGAAGAGAAAUGUUCCAUCAGGUGGUAAUGAAAAGGUAGGUGAAGCCGUAUUAUACGGGAUUGAUUUCGAUGAUUCCACAUAUGAUUAUACCCAGCAUUUGAAACCUAUAGGUCAAGAUCCUGAAGCAGUCUUCAUCCCUGCCAAGGGUGACAAGGAGAAGGAGCAAACGGGCACCAAGAAGAAUAUCGAAGAUUUAUUCAUUGAACCUGAAUAUAAGGACACAGAAAACGCCCCAGUAACUUCUGUAUUCCAAAGAGGUAUGGCCAAACAAGAUUAUCUGUUACAUCAACAAGAUGUAGUAGAUGAUAUUGCUGGGUUUAGACCUGACAUGAAUCCUGCUUUGAGAGAAGUAUUGGAAGCAUUGGAGGAUGAAGCAUACGUGGUGAAUGAUGAUGUUGAAGUGGUGAAAACCAAGAAAGUUGAAAAGAUAGAGAACAAAGAUGAAGAUGAUAUUUUUGCGCAAUUAUUGGGCAGUGGUGAGGCACAAGAUGAAGAGGAGUUUGAAGAUGGAUUUGAUGAAUGGGAUAUGAAUGAGAUAGAUAAUUUUGAAGAUGAACAUUAUCAUGACGAGAUGGCCCAAUUUGAUAAGAUUGAAAAUUUAGAGGACUUACAAGAUAUUGACUAUCAAACAGAUGUGUGGAGGGUACAAAAGCAAAAGGCACAUAAAGAUGAAUUUGCCUCUGAUGAUGAAUUUGCCAAUGAAAGUGUGGCACCUCCAACUGAAGGAGGUUUGACAGAUGAGGAAGAAAACGAUCUUGUUGGUGAUCUUCCGAAUAUCCAAAACAAGAGCAAAGCAGGUGGGAAGAAGAAGAGAAAGGAUCGUCAUAAGAAGGGAGCCAUGUCUGAUAUAUCGGGGUUUUCUAUGAGUUCCAGUGCCAUUGCCCGUACGGAAACCAUGACAGUACUAGAUGACCAAUACGACAAUUUAAUAGGAAGCUACGAAAACUACGAGGAGGAGCUUGAGGAAGACGAAGAAGAAAGUUAUCAACCCUUUGACAUGAAGGCGGAACGUGCUGAUUUCGAGUCCAUGCUUGAUGACUUUUUAGAGAAUUAUGAACUAGAAAGCGGUGGUCGUAAACUAGCCAAGAAGGACGAAGAGAUCGACAGACUGAAGAAAGCUGCCGAUGAGGUCAGCAAAGGGAAACUGUCGCAAAGAAGAAACCGUGAACGUCAAGAGCAGUCCCAGAAGAAGAAGACCCCCAGCAGCUUGAGCAAUGUUACGAAUAGUCUCGGUGGUUUGCAUUUAUAA